CGUGCUUUGAAAUCUUCGAAAACGACAGAAAAGUUAUUGUUAACUGCGUGACUGUAUAGUGACAGUUGAAAUUUCACUCUUCAGCACGUGAUUAAAGUUGCGCCGUUUACAAAGUGUCUUUAUCAAGUGUUCGAAGUGAGCGGUUACUAUUCCUUGUUCGUUGGACAUUUCCAAUGGUUGCCGUCCGGUAGGCCUUGCCAGGAGGAUGGGGGCCCACGAUGGGGGAGUGCCAUUGCUCUAACAUCGCUAUCAUGCAGCUGUUCCAUGAGCUGAAGCAGCAGUUCCCUGCGCUCCCUGAUCACGUCGUUUCCCAGUGCAUCGCCCAGAACAGCCACGAUCGAGAGACAUGCGCGAGAAGCCUUCGUGCCACCCAAGAGUCACGACAGUCUCCGGGCGCGUUCCCACCGGCGGCACUUUGCAGCGUCCUGCAACAGCACCAGCAGCAGCAACAACGUUGCUGCGCGAUGAAUCAAACUCAAAGAACACCAGUCACGAGCAGCAACAACCCGCGAGCACACAGACCAGCCUCGCUGGACAUCGGUAUGGCACGACGGUGUCCUGUCGUCAGCUGUACACGAGCAGCGGCGAUAUCAGCCUCGUCGCCAGUCCUCGCCAGCACACCCUCGUCAGCGCCGGCCGUAUGCACCACACGCGGAUUCCUCUUCGACGAUUGCACGGGACUAAACGAGACGAACUGCGUUAACAAAGUCCAGAACGCGGGAAACGAGCCAGCUGGAUUCGAGCUGAACGUGAACGUUGCGUGCAGUCCUGCUGGUAAUCGCGACUUUCGAACGGUGCCUACGAUCAUUGGUGCCUGUAAACGAAGCGAUCUGCUCCUCGAUCCACGGGCUCAUUACGCUGAGCCGUUACUGAACGUGGAAAACACGGGGCCACAGAUCGAUCACACACGAAGCUACACCUCGGUCAGCCUGACGCUGAGGCCGCCAUCCUCGGAACCGCAACCUCCGAUCGACAUCAGAUCCCAGGGCUCGAGCCUAACUUACUCGAGCUCUUCCUUGGAUCCGAGGGGUUUUCAAAGUCGUCUUCAGAUCAGCAUCGGUGCAGGAGCAGUUGGCAGUGUGGCUGCUGCUAGGAUCAGACCUCCGAUGGGCCCGAGUAGGCCCAACAGCUUGAUACCACCGGUACAAACCGGUCCACAGAGACCACCAGGUCUUCCUGCAGGGCCACCUAGUCAGUUACCAAGGCCCACGACGACAAUGAGCGCCCCAACCACACCUUCGGUACCACCGACAAUGAACAUCGUUCCUCCCAUAAGCCUUCCAACGACACCGUCAGGACCGACGACGACCUCGCCACCCUCCAGUCCCAUUGGCGAACGGGUACAGGCCAAUUCCGAUCAGAAUCGAUCGCCGUUGAAUCAAGUGGCGGAGCACCAAAGGAAAUUGGUCGCGGAACAGUUGGCCAGAAAAGAAAAACUCGCCAGGGAACUGAGGGCCGAGAAAGGACGACUCGAAGCGAUGAAGAAAGAAUUGCAAUCUCUCACGAGGCCCUUCGAUUCCUCGAUGCCUCCUCAGGAGUUGAAAAGAAAAUUGAGAAGCGAGAUCUAUCAGCUGCAGGUUGAAUGCGACAGACUCGCCGAUGAAGUAGAUCAGUGGUCGGAUCCAAGAGUACCUUUGGGUGAAACGAACGAAAAAUUUUAUCAACAUAUUUACACCGGUCAGCCUCUACCAUCGAGGUCUGUCAAUUCCAACCCACCGCCUCUGCCAAGUCAGCCACCCGUGACUAGUAACAACAUUGACAGAGAAGAACGAGACGGCCCUUCUUGGGUCUGUAGAAUGUGCACGUUUGACAACCAUCCGUUGAUGAAAAACUGCGAACAGUGCGACAUGCCAAGGCUAUUGGAUCACGGAAACACAGGCGAGACCCAAGAUAUUCAUAUACGAGUUACACAUCAUCAUAACUUUUCCCCAAGCAGGACAGUGCAUAGUUGGGUGGUAUGACGUCAACUACAUUAGAAACGUGAAAAAAAAAACUGUAUAUAAAACCAUUAUUUAAAUUAAAUAAAAAAAUUGUCACAGCCAACAGAUCGGGAAAGGAAGACAAAAACUUGAAUAACU